UAGGUUUCCCAGUGAAGAGAGCCUCCAGUGGUUGAGGAGGCUAGCUGAGGGCCCAGAGACUGUGCCUGGUCCGGUGGCUGCCUCCUCCCUCCUCCCUCUCCCUUCCUUCUCCUCCUCCCCUUGAUCCUCCCCUUCCCUGAGCGCCAGGGCCAGGUUAGGAGGGGGAGGGGGGGAGGAGGAGUUCCAGGCUCAGCCUCUGAUGCCACGGUCUCCACGGCAACACCCCCAGGCCAAGCCAACCGACAAUAGGCUGCUCCCCCCCGGGUGCUGCCGCCGCUCCCCGGGUGCUGCUGCUGCCGCUGCCACGGCGGACUGAAUCCCUCUUCGAGCCCGCGUUCUAAUGGCCAUUGGGGCUGUUCUGAAUAACUAGUGCCAAGAUCAAGGACAGAUCGCUCAGGGAGGCUGCGGGGCCGGCCAUGGACCAGCUCUUUGUGGAGGAGGUGGCCGCCUCCCUGGUCCGAGAAUUUCUCAGCAGAAAGGGUUUAAAAAAAACGAGUCUUGUCAUGGACCAAGAACAUCCUCGAGGGGAAUACAGCAUCAACAACAGGAAUGAGCUGCGGAAGGUUCUGCACCUAGAAAUGCUUUAUAAAGAAAACAAGGUAAAGAAAAAUCCUCUGAAAACAAGCCUCGAAAUCAUUACAAGUUACUUUUUGGAUCACUUUGGAAAGAACACUUACAAUUUAAUACAAGAAACACCACUUUCUAUUGUUUCAGCUUCCAAGAUGAAUAGCAAAGUCCCUUUGAAAUGCUCUGAGAAUUCUGCCGUGAAUAAUAAUAAUGCAUGUGAAAUUUCAGAGGAAGAUGGAAAGAGCAGUAGGCAUGGUGAGUGUGACAGUGACACACUCAGCAACACUGCGUCCCCCAAGAGACCUCUGCUCAAAAGCAAGACCCCCACGGCCACCGUGGGAGAUGGCUCACCACCACCUGGAAAGGAGAAGAUCACGUCUAGCAGCAUGGAGAACUCCAAAAUGGCGGAGCCUCUUUCAGAAGCAAAGAAAAUGGGAGAUGUCAGACUGAAGCCUGGCCUCUCGGCUAGAGGAAUGUUGUCUGGGCCCGUCACCAACUCACAUGAGGACCCCCUCAGAAAACGUUUCGUGAGACGGUCGUCAGGACUGAGCGCAGCACAGAACAGAGGUGAAGACCAUCCUAAAGCCUUAACGUUAUCCCCCACUGGCCAUAUUCUGGCUGACGCCUCUGCCGCUAAAGACACCUCUUCCUCAAAAAAUUCCAUGGGCACUGACGGCGGCUUGGUCUCGGACAAGUGGAAGAACCUGUCCAGCGCCUCUUCUGACCCUCUCAGCAAAACACACUUGGAAACGGACAAAAACAAACUGAAAGACUUCCCGGAAGGCAAGGCCACAGUGAGUAGUAACGCCGAGAAGACAGGGACAAAUGGGCGGUUGCUCUUUCCCUGUGGAAGUUCAAAGCCUUUUCAGGAAAGACAGGAAAAGGCUUUCAAAUGGAAUACCCAGUCGUUGCCGCACAGGACCGUCCCUGUCCAUAAUGUGCCUGUCUGUGUGGAUGAAGAAGCAGACGUCCUCACGCUUGAGGACGUGGAAGAUGAAGAACUUUUGAAUGAGGGCCUUGUCCAGCCCUCAAGCCUGGUGAUGCCUUUGCUGAAGCUGCAGGUGACGUCCAAGCCAAUGAGCCUCUCAGCAGCAAAAGAAAUAAAAGCCAUUCUGUUUGGCUCAACUCUUUGGGGCUUCAAUGAAGAAUGGAAAUCGCAGAAUUUUAUAUUCAGUGAAGUGACUCAGCUCAGAUAUGGCCUUGUGCAGAACAAGGGAGGACCCUGUGGCGUUUUGGCAGCUGUUCAGGGCUGUGUCCUGAAAAAUCUCUUGUUUGGGGGAGAAAGAAGAAGUACCAGCAUUCGGGAGCUACAGCCUUCAGAUGCCUCUCGGACCCACAGCCUCAUCCUGGCCAUGGCGGACAUUCUGUGGCGGGCAGGGGGAGAGGAAAAGGCAGUUGUGGCCCUGGCUUCGGGAAUGCAGCAGUUCAGUCCAGUAGGAAAAUACAAAGCGGAUGGAGUCUUAGAGAUGCUCAUACUGCACAAGGUGACCAAGUAUGAAGAGCUGGUCAGUUUUCUUCAACAGAACAUUCACCAGUUUCAGAGCGGCCCCUCCGGAUGCAUCCUUCUGACCGUGUCUGCCAUUUUGUCCAGGUCCACUGAUCUAGUGCGCAAAGACUUUGACAUGCCCACCAACUGUCUGAUUGGAGCCCACGGAUACUGCACUCAGGAACUCGUGAACCUGCUUCUGACCGGCAAAGCCGUGUCCAAUGUUUUCAAUGAUCUGGUGGAGCUGGACUCUGGCAACGGGAACAUCACUCUCCUCAAAGGAGUCACGUCUCGCAGCGACAUCGGCCUCCUCUCUCUGUUUGAGCACUAUGAUGUCUGCCAGGUUGGCUGUUAUCUAAAGACUCCACGGUACCCCAUCUGGGUUGUGUGCAGCGAAAGCCAUUUCAGCAUCCUCUUCAGCCUACAGCGAGACCUCCUCAAUGACUGGAAAGCGGAAAGAAUAUUUGAUCUCUAUUACUACGACGGGCUGGCUAACCAGCCCGGGGAGAUUCGGCUUACGAUAGAUACAACCCAGUCAGUGCCUGGAGACAGAGAGAAGGACCUCAUCCCGCCCCUGGAACACUGCAUCCGGACCAAGUGGAAGGGUGCCUUUGUGGACUGGAACGGCACAGAGCCCAUCCUGUGAGCCCAGGCCCCGGCGGCCAUGUCCUGUGCCAGCUGGAUGAUGUCUGAGACCUGAGGCCUUGUAGCCUUGAAGAAUUCUACCUUCCUCCCAAGCCACUUGAGUUCCCACCAAGGGACAUGCACAGAAAUUCCCUCAAGUUUCCUUUUGUGGAUCCAGCUGUCAACACCAGCUUUGAGUCCUGUCUGCCUCCUGCCAUUGUCUGCAAAGGUCUGACGGAAGACGGGCCGGGCGCUGUCUCAAUACCUCUUCCCAGUCCCCAGGAAAGACACAGAUGGCUCCCGACCUUUCUGCAGGCUGGCCCACAACACCCAUGUUGCUCAUUUCUGUCCCAGUA